AUGACAGGCCUCUGCGAGACCAUCAAACUGCUCCAACUCGCCCGGCUCCCAUGGUCAUGUGCAUUACAAGAAAUGAAAUCCAAGACUGCGGGACUCCGAGAUGCCGCCGUACAGGCAGCCUUUGAGGCAGAGCUGACUGAAUUGACAUCUCUAUUGGAAGCUCGCACACCCGAAACCAUUGUAGGCCUUUUUGGAGGAACGGGCCAUGGCAAGAGUGAGGCCUUGGUCGACCACUCCGCGGCGCUGCUUACAAGUUGGUCAAUAGGCACAACACUCAACGCGCUGUUCCCCAGCAUACGACUCCCAGCCUCGGACUCUAAUGCAUGCACACCUAUCCCGAUCAAAAUCCGGGGAAAUGGCGGGGAAGUGGAGGACUUUGAUCGCACGUCGGAUGAAUUGGAAAGGGAGCUCUCGCGUCUCGACGUCGAAUGUGGCAUUGACAAACAUAUUAGAGAUGGUGAGUUGAGUUUUUUCUGCCAUACGGCGGUUGAAUUCGCGGAGAAAGCUCAGAAAUACGGGGCAAGCGCGGAGUUGGAGAAUGAGGACGCGGUAGUCCUUUGGCCAAUAACCAAGGAGAUGCAUGUGCAAGUCAACAGCAGUAUCUUGAAGCAAGGGUUUGUGCUUGUUGACAUUCCCGGAACAAUGGACACAGAAGUAGCGAGAGCCGAUGUUGCCAAGGGUUGGAUGCGCAGGCGUACCUCACCAGUGAUUGUGGCAGGCUGUGAUAGAGCGGUUGAUAGUCCUGACGUAUGGGAUCGUGUUGGAGACAUUAUUUGGGAUAACCAAACGACCGGCAACAACUCCAGGUUCACGAUAGUUCUUACCCAAAUCGACAAGGGUCUUAAAAUGUAG